ACACUCACUCAAGUAUCUGACUUAGGCAUUCAGCCAUAAACAGCACCAGAUACACUCUGUACCAACUCGACUCGAAAGAAUGAGGAUACAUUACACAGGAUGGUCAACUCAGAGCAGUCUUUGAAAAGAAAUAGCACUCAUACAGUGUGUUCCCACAAUCAAGAUGGCUAGCUUUGCCAACGACAACACUAACCAAAGCAAUCGCAGUGCCUUCUACUGUGAAUUUAAUGAAGAUUUUAAAUAUAUUCUCCUUCCUGUCAGCUAUGCCCUGGUCUUUGUGAUUGGCCUGGCGCUGAACGCUACAGCGUUGUAUGUGAUCGUGUUCCGCACAAAGCGCUGGAAGCCAUCCACUAUCUACAUGUUCAACCUGACGAUGUGUGACACACUCUACAUCUUCACUCUGCCCUUCCUCGUCUAUUACUAUGCUGAUGAGAACGACUGGCCCUUCAGCGAGCCAUUCUGCAAGCUUAUACGGUUCCUGUUUUAUGCCAAUUUAUAUGGUUCCAUACUGUUCCUGUGCUGUAUCAGUCUGCAUCGGUUUGUUGGCAUCUGCUAUCCAGUCCGCUCCCUGUACUGGGUCAGCGCUCGUCGGGCCAGGCUGGUGUCUCUGGCAGUGUGGGCCAUUGUUUUAUUCUGCCAGGCACCUGUUCUCUACUUCUCAAGAACUAGGGACAUGGACACUGAGCGGAUCUGCUACGACACCACCAGCCCAGAGCUCUUUGAUGACUUCCUGGUAUACAGCUCAGUUGUGUCAGUGCUCAUGUUCGCCCUGCCCUUCAUGGUGGUGAUGGUGUGCUAUGGCCUCAUGGUGCGGAAGCUUCUAGAGCCUAGCUGUGGAUCUGAAGGGGGAGUUGAAGGUGAGAGGGGAGGCCUGGCAGCACGACGAUCCAAGCAGAAGUCAGUGAAGAUGAUUAUCAUCGUGCUGGCAAUGUUCAUGCUCUGCUUCCUCCCUUUCCACCUCACUCGGAGUCUUUACUACUCUUUCAGAUACCUAAGGCAGGUCAAUCCAGCCCAGGUCAGCUGUAAUUUGCUGGAGGCCUCCAGUAUUGCCUACAAGGUCACUCGACCUUUUGCCAGUGCCAACAGCUGUGUGGACCCCAUCCUUUAUUUCCUGGCUGGGCAGGACGUCCGCAGUAACCUCACCAAGAAGAGAAAGUCAUCCACAUCAAAAUCCAAAAGCGCGAGCGAGUGCUUGACUACACACCUCUGAUCCAAUACCUGAAACUAUCUUGGUAAAAAUAGAAAAGGUUGUGGGGGCUGUACUUAUUGUCAAGUUUCCUCUGUGACACUCAACAACUGCCUCAGGGCACUUUUCAAUGUACAAAUGCCAGUUGUGUGUUUAGCAAGCAGAGGACGUCUGACUUCUCUAAGACGAAGUAAGUGUGUUUCCGAGACAUAAUUAAACCUUCCAUAUUGUUCUUUAAGCAAAUGAAAGUGUUUUUUUUCUUUCUUUUUUGUUUCAUUUAUGAAGACAUACACAAAAAUUAAUGUGCAUAGUAUUUAUUUAGAAAUGUCACUGCAAGUAAAUAAAAACCAGGGAAACACUUUUUGAAUUUUAAACACAGUCAAGUGCACUGUACUGAGAUCUCUGUCUUUAGGCAGUUGAAAUGCAUCUGUUUGAACAGACGAAAAACAUAGACAACACAGUUAUGAUGACAAAAGAUUAUAAAUAUUCAUCUGAAACCUGCUGUGCAUUCAUGACUUAAAGCAAUGAAAGGAUUGAAAGAUAAUGUUAAUGGUAAUGUUUCAAAAGCUAUAACGUAUUGAGAGAACUAAAGAACAUGGUGCUGUGGUUUUGUAAAAUUUUUGACUGGACAGCUGCUGCACGUAAUGUUUGUACAGGAGCAAGUUUUCCUCAGCUCACCUUCCUCUGACAAAGUGUCUGUGUUCCCUCUCUGUUUGGUCACUUUUAAGGCUUGUUUUGAAUGUA